CGUGCGGUGAGCCAGCUGGAGACCCAAAUGGAGGAGCUCAAGGCGGUGCUGUAUUCUGAAGGGUUUGCGUACAUUUUCAAGCAGCUGGAGACGAAGAGCACGUCAAGCGAGUUGUCCAAGCCGCUCAGAUCGCUCGUCCAGCUCGUGCAGAUCGAGGUGGCGUCGACAUUAUACGAGCUGCUUGUGGGCAGUGACAGCUCGCGCGAAACGCUGGGCCUGGUGAAACGCCUGCAUCGGCUGUUUCCGUACGGAUUGGUGGCCACGAUUCUGCGAUUCACCAACCCGAUGCAAAUCGUCAAGAAACUGAUCGACCUGUUCACAUUCCAGAUGCCUGUUGGGUUUGGACGCAGAAGCCGGUCGCUGUUGCAGGUGAUUUUUGCUGGAGUUUUGAACGACGAUCUGAAAAAAUGCGACAGAGAGCUGGCAGAGCUGCACAGAGCAGUGCUGCGCAAGGGCGAACAAUACGCCGCGUUGCUGGACAAGAUCGACGCGUAUUUUGCCGCGUCGGACGAGACGGUGCUGCAGGUCAAGAAGACGGCGCAGAAAAGUGGACUGGGCAUUUUCCCAGCGCUACUGUUGAACAACAACGACCUGACGCCCAAGCUGGACGAGUCGGUUCUGCUGGAGGUGCUGAACACAAUGAAAAAGUCCAAGAGCGACAAAAAUACAGUCUACUUUCUGCUGCAUUCAUAUUUCAAAGCGAGCCUGCGCCGACUCGACAAGAUCUCGCUCAAGGAGCUGUGGGACGAGCCGGAGCUGAUCGACCUCAUCAAGGAGCUGCUGUCGAUCUUCUUCCAGCCACUGAUCCGGCUGUUCAAGAGCGCGCAGAUCCACCUGUACAUCCCUGUGGUGCAGCGGUACAUGAACGAGUUGAUCCAGCUGGCAGAGUACUUCCAAAACGAGCACUUCUCUCCAAACGUGGUGGCCAGCUUCAUGGGGCUCCAGGAAAAAUAUCAGGAGGCGGUGUACGGGUUUAUGCACCGGCUGUAUCUGAGCGACAUGGAGCAGCAGGAGGGUCUGUUUGCCGGGUUUCUGGGCUGGUUCAACCGGUUUGUGACGUUUCUGCGGUUUGUAAGGGACGGCCACGAGGAGCUGGUGCUGGAUCUGAGCUCGCUGGGCGCCGACGAGGGCGUGAGGAAGGAAAUACGGGCCAUUAUUGCGGAAAUCGAGGAAAAACGGCGCAGGUACGAGCAGCUGGCGCAGAAGCAGCAGACGACGCGCACACAGGUGGACACGAACUGGGAGAAGGUGAAGACCAAGAUGCUGGGGCUCGCAGGCGACAUGGCAGACCUAGAACGGCUGGGCGAGUACGUUGGGGUGAGCAGCGAGGAUCUGAUGGAGCUGAACAGCGCGUUGGACACAGAGGAGCCGGUGAACGGGUUUUUCCACGAGAUGGACACAGCUACGUUUCUGCGCGCGGUGCAGCGGGUGAGCGUGAGUGACGAGGAGUUUCGCAAGAACGACGAGACGGGACAGUACAGAUGGAGACACAUAGCCGGGCUGGAAAGCCGGUUCCGGCCGCAGCUGGUGGCCGUGCUCACGGCGUGGAGAAAACUGGCAUCUGAGUAGAUUGGUACUUAUAUAUAAACAAGCAGGAACGGAUCUAGUCCUGGUCGAGCGACGGAAUGCUGUCUUGGAAGACGUUCAUCACGCUUGCUGGAGGCUGGAUCGCAGUGAGCAUCAUGACCAGUUCGUAGAUGUGUUCUGGAAUGGUUCUUUGGUAGAUAUCCAAGAUUCCGGUCGGAUUAGGGUAGACAGCCAGGCCUUUGUAGAAGUGGAUGGCAGCCUCGAUGUCCUUGCCCUCGAGAGCGCUCAUCUGCUCACCGAUGGUGACCUGGGUCAUGAAGAAUUUUUCCUUCUGGGCAGCGUCCUUAGGCAGUGGCUCCUCUGCGAGCGACUGGUUAAGUUUCUCCUUGAGAGCUUCCAGUUUCUGCUUUUUGUCGGCCUCGGCCUCCAGCUUGGCCUUUUUGGCUGCUCUUUUCUUGUUCUUGACAAUUUUCUUUCUGAACUCAGGGUUGUUUCUUCUGGCAUAGUCGAAGUAGAUGCAGUAGCCGAGGGCGGCGGUGGCGACCGCCAAGACGGAGUAUCCA